CAUUUUAAUCGCGAAUUUGCGUCGGGCAUUUCUAGGGAUUCGUUCAGAGUUCACCUGUGAGGGUGGACUGACUGAUUCCACUCAGUAUUACUACGAUAGUCGAGCGGGUGAGAGCAGUGCCGGGAAAAACUUUCCGAUGCCCAAUUCGGCUAGAAACGGAUAACAUAAAAAUACUUUACUGGAAUAGCACCCAAUUAGUAAUUAAUUAGUGUCAAUAAACGCGCUUGACGUGAAUCGGAUAUUCAUAAUACGCAGUAACACGUUUUAAAUUGUGCGCGGCAAUGAAAGGCUUUGUUUUUGGGCUCCGUUUGUUUGUGAAGUUGAACCAUGGGUUGUUGUUGGUUUUGCUGGUUCUAGUGCAAGUUGAAGGAUUGCCGAAAGUUUUCCGAAGUAACGAAAUAUGCGGAGUUUAUAACGGACACCGAGUUUAUCUCGAGCUUGGAGAUCGAGGGCAGCUUCAGGCCACCAAUGUAACUGUUGCAAAACACCUCAAUCGAACCGCAUCCACCGUCUGCACCCUCGAACUGGUCACAUGUCCGUCAUGUAAUCUGAAAAUCUCAUUAAGCUAUUCAAACUUUCCCACCAAAUGCUCCAUUCGCAACGAGCUACCGUGUCGGUGCGAUUAUCUGGAAUUUUCUGAACCUCCCUUCGAGGAAGACCAGUCCCGACGACGCAACUGUGGAAAUGACGUAAUCUAUCAAUCGCAGACCCGUUCGGUACUAAUCAAGUUCAUACAUUGGAAUAACCACACCCAUGCUUUCACUUUGGAGUACGUCGCGGAAAGAAACCGCGAAUCACUGCAAGGUGAUCCAGGACAAUACUAUAAUCUCACCGGAAUGCAUUCUAGAAUCAUAACAACUCCCUACUUUCCGUCAUACUAUCCGAGAGACUUUGGAAAGGAAUAUGUGUUAAAUUGUAAUGUGGAUGCUUGCAGGAUAAACAUAAUCUUCAGUGAUUUUCAGCUAGCGAAAACUUCUACGAUGGAGUUCUACGACUGGAAUGGACAACGGCUGGGAGCAGUUUCAGGUGUGAGUUUUCGACCGCCGGUGGUACAGAGUACUGGUCCCUCAAUGAUAGUUAGAUUUUUUGCUAAUGGAGGCUCUGGACUAGGCUACCGUGCGAAAGUAUCGUUUUUGACAGAGGAAAGUGCCUCAGAACCGUCGGUACUACCGGAUACCAACUGUGGUGGUAUGGUGGAGAACAUUGGCGGGGCCAUCACAAUGAUGAACAUGGUGCCUAGCGAUAACGACUCCAAGAUAUUCGACUGUAUCUGGUUGGUGAAACCCCCGAAUACCUAUGCGCAUCUUAAGACGCACCUGUCCCUGAAGAUUAACACGCUGGAAAAGAUCGGGCCGAAUUCCAUGUUGACUAUGAUUCAGGGUACGACUUCGAACAAUGCAGUGAUGGAUGUGGUUCGAUCCAGUAUGCAAGGAAACGGAAGGAACUACGUGGUUCCGUUGACGACGGGAUUUUAUAUACAUUUGAGGGGGACAUUCACAAUAUAUACCAGAAUGGCUUUGGUGUAUGCGGCCUUUAGUUAUCUUGAUUGCUAUAUGGGAUCUGAAUAUCUCUGUCAAAAUCGAAAAUGCAUCCCAAUCCAGCUUCACUGUGAUGGUUUUGAUCACUGUGGGGAUGGAAGCGAUGAACCAGAAAGCUGUGAAGCUCAAUGGGAGUCUGAUGUGGUGGAUCGCCGAUGGUAUUCGCAUACACCGAACUAUUACUUUCCUAAGAUGGAUCGAUAUCCGGAUCUUCGGACUGCUACUACCAUCUUUAUUGCAAGUUCUCUAGGUUUAAUAGUUUUAAUUUCAACACUGGUUAUAUUGCUGUAUCGCUCUGGAAAUCGCGCACGCCAGCAACGGGAACUGCAAAGUCAACUACAGACCAUCAGUGAUUUAUUAGUGACUGUUAUUCAAGUAGAUAAUAAUUCGCGUGGCGCUGAAGAACUGGACGAUCCACCGAUGUAUGAAGCUCCACCUGACUAUGAUGAAAUAAUCAAAGUAGGAAUGGAUGACGAUGUCAAGCGAAAACGAAGAAGACAUUCGUCGUCUUCUUCCGGAAGGCGGAGCCGGAUGAGACGAGCCCGUAGACCUAGUAACGUUUCCGAUAGUAACAAUCCGAUUCUUGAGGUUUGGCUACCACCAGAAUCGAAUGAUAUUCCCUCAACUAGUGGAACGCUGCAUGUACCCUACGGUGGUGAUAACCAACGAAGUCUAGAUCUAGAGGACGACAUUUCAUACGAUUCACACUGGAAUCAUCAGGAAUCGAAUGCUUUCAUGUCUACCCGUGUCAUAGAAGCUGCAGCGUCGUGUUCGACGGGCCAAAACCUCAUCAAUGGCACGGCAACGUCCAGCAGUGCAACUAAUGUACCACCAGCGUACGAUGAAUCGUUGUUCUACCGGAAUCGCAUCUCAUCCGCGAAGAUCGUAAGCCACUCAACAUCCACGUCCGACGACAGCAUGCCUAGAGGCUGCUCUGAGGAAGCACCCAAUGUCACACCAUCGCCGAAGGAAGCUUCCGAGCAGUCCACCUCCCGUAUACCACCACCGACCGAGAGAAGCAAUAGUAAUAAUACACGAUCAUCUACUUCCUUCGAUGCCACAGAGAAGCCUCAACACAUAUGGAGUGAAAACACUCGUCGCCAACGGCUCUGGUUGACGUUUGGGAGCGAUGAAUUUCAGUUUCCUGCUGCUUCUACCAGCUACUGUGAAGCGCUCGAUUCAAUAGAUUUCAGCCGAGUACGAGCUAUCGAUGCCUAUCUUUUAGCAUGCGAGUCAGCUUCCAAUAAUAAACAGAGUUCACCCGAAGAUAACAGCCAGAAUAAGAUGGGUGUUACUGGUUGCCCGCCGAUUUCAUCAACAUCGUCUGUCCUGAAAAACCUUCAGACCGACUCUUCAACAAGUAUUGCAUCAAACGGCCAAGGCUAUACGGCUAAGAACUGUCACUGUUGCAAAGAAAAGCUGAGUUUACAGGACUCCCUGUGUCAAAACUGUACUUCUGUCCGACAGACUUCCAUACCAGCUGUUAUCUGCUCUACAUGCGGGGGAAAGAUAUCUCUUCAGGAAAGUCUGAAUUUGUCUCGUGAAGCGAACCAACAGACUACUACUGGUGGCAGUGAUGGAGAGGUGCCGCUACCAUCAGGGCCGACUGUGAAGUUGUGCAAUUGUUUUCCGCAGUUUGGUUCGCCGAAUAAAAUUUUGCGAGCAGGAUCAGCGAAUUAUAUUCCGGAUAGGGCGUGCUCAAUCGAUCUGAUAGAGACUGGGUAUGCACGGCGAAGUGUGGCCAACUUAGCCAGCAGCUUCGAGGCGUUCUUUAAUUCACACAUUACAGCUCGGAAACCUGAUAUAUAGAACUCAUUAGACUUAUGUACCUACCUAUAGGUUUGUGAUAAUUGUUCGGAUAUUUAAAAUAAAAUUUAACGAAUGUAUAUGGAGCGGAUGUUCCCUUAAGUAUUUAUGAUCAUUUGGUUGUUCUAACAAUAAUAAAAAAUAUUUGUCAUUAGAGCCUAGCAGCUAA